UGGUGGCAGUCCGGAGCGGCAGCGAGAGCUCAGUACAACGAGGAGAACUCGACGAGUCCACACCGCGCGACUCCAGCGAAGGGAGAAAAGAGCACGCCAGACAGAGACUGCACGUUAAAAUCAGCCCCUACAUCUGGACAGAGUCGCCGCAGACUGGAGGGGGAACGAGGGAUUUGAGCAGCACCGUUAUUUUUUCUUUUGUGCUUUCUUUUUUUUCUUUUCUGGGGGAAGGAUUGUGAGCGUUUGUCUGCAAAGAUGAUGGUCGGGGAGAUGGAGGUGAAGGAGAGACCGAGGCCGAGUCCCGACUAUCUGAUGCAGCUACUGAACGAGAAGAAGCUCAUGACGAGUUUACCGAACCUGUGCGGCAUCUUCACACACCUGGAGAGACUCUUGGACGAAGAGAUAACCAGAGUGAGGAAAGACAUGUAUAACGACUCUGUCAACGGUCUGGUGGACAAACACCCACUGGAGUUACCAGAGCCAGUGGGACCAAUCGUACAUCUGCAGGAGAAGCUCUUCGUACCGGUCAAAGAGUACCCAGAUUAUAAUUUUGUAGGGAGAAUUCUUGGCCCUCGUGGACUCACAGCGAAGCAACUGGAAGCAGAGACUGGCUGCAAGAUCAUGGUGAGAGGGAGAAGCUCCAUGAGAGACAAAAAGAAGGAGGAACAGAACCGAGGGAAGCCAAACUGGGAGCACCUAAAUGAAGAUUUGCAUGUACUGAUCACAGUGGAGGACACACAGACACGUGCUGAGAUCAAGAUGAGAAGAGCUGUCGAAGAGGUCAAGAAACUACUGGUGCCUGCAGCGGAAGGAGAAGAUAAUCUAAAGAAGAUGCAGCUGAUGGAGCUGGCCAUUCUGAACGGAACAUACAGAGACACCAACAUCAAAGCGCCCACCCUUGCGUUCUCUCUUGCAGCAGCGGCAGCGGCUGCUCAAGGCCCUCGGCUGAUCGCGGCCCCUCCGGGUCAGGUCCUCCCCCCAGCCACCCUCAGGCCCCCCACUCCGGCAGGGACCCCCAUCAUGAACAUCAUUAGGCCCACUCAGAUGGCCACUGUGCUACCCAAUGGCACCCCUACCCUGGUGCCCCCGUCACCUGAUGCAGGCAUUAUCUACACCACGCCCUACGACUACCCUUAUGCCUUGGCACCCACGUCUCUGCUGGAAUAUCCCAUCGAGCACAGCGGAGUCCUAGGUAAGCGGGCGUGGGGGCUUGGCACUUCACCCUUUGGUGUCCCGCAAGAGGGCACUCCCGGGGUGUUUUACGGGGGCAUAUUGGAUGGGGCGUCACCCAGCCCUGUUCAGGACUCACUGAAAGGUGCAAUGGCUACUAAAGUGCGGAGACAUGAUUCACGGGUCCAUCCUUACCAAAGGAUAGUGACCGCAGACAGAGCCGCCACCGGCAACUAACAAAUGACCUCUGAACUCUGAACUCUUCACCCAAUGAUGAGCCGCCCAAGCCUGCCUGCUGAUCAGAUUAACUGGUAAUUGCCUUUUGCUAGCCUGGUGGAUGCAGAGAGAGAGGCACCUGUCCAAGCAGUGAUCCUAACACAAACCAACAUAAAACACAACAACCCUCCAUAUACCAACACGUUGUGUAGCGAUAACAACGAUGAUAUUCUUUAUUGUUUUGUUCAUUUUUAGUACUAUUAUUUCUUUCUUUUUCUUUUUUAAAUCUCAAAUGACUGGGUGGAUGUUAACAGUGAUGUUGCAUUACCCGAAAAUCUGCACUGAAUUUAAAAGCAAUAAAGAAGCGUCUUCUGCUAAUUCAGCCCUUAAAUGCAUUUAUACUUAAACUCCAGUAAAAAAAAAUCUUGGUGACCCUAGUUUUACCAGUCAUGACGCUAAACUGGGCAUCAGAAUCCAGUUGUCUAUCCGCUAUCCCCACCCAUUGAAACUGUCACAAUGAAUCAACAAAAGAAAAAGAAGGAAAGAAAUCUGCACUCACUCCAACUUGUGUAUUUCCUGUCCUUCUCUGAUGUAAUCCUGUGUUUUUCAGUUGAUGAGUUUUACUGUGCUGACACAUUCUGGGUGUGCCUGCCUAGCUGACUUAGAGCAUGGCUACAAUGACAGACUGCAAAAAGCUUGUUUUGAUUUCUUUGUUCUUUGUUACUUUUCCCUGUUUUGUUUUUCUUAUGUUUCCAUGUAAUCUUAAUAGCAUUUGGCAAUACGUGCAGGUUUAUACGUGCUGUACCAAUGCCAGCUCAAUAGGGGGCAGUAAUCGGAGUCAGGCUGUGCAAGAGAUUGGGGUGAAGUGUUUUCGGAGUCUUUAAAUCUAGGAUAUUCAGGGUUGGACAGCUGGGAUAUGAACCGGAAUCAGUUUACCGAACUAUGCCAUCCCAAAACUCUCAACCCUUCCCCACAUACAGUGCCUGAACUUUCUAAAAAAUCUUUCUUUGAAUGAGCUGUGAGAUAAAAGACAAAAAAAAAAGUAUUAUGUGUGCGCAUUUAGCCAAAGGGUUUCCAUUUAAUGAAUUUCUUCUAUAUAAAUAAGUAUGUAUCUAACCGCCAAGGGUUCUGUCAUUUUAGUCUAGAGUUUGAGAAGGUUUGAUGUCAUGCCUGUAUCUGUUUGUUAUAAUAGCAAAUCCUAAAAUGAAAUGGUGAUGAAUUGUCCCUUAAGACGCUAAUUUCCCAGAGGAUGUACAAAAGCAUUGAACACUAAGGAAGAUGAAUGAGGUAGACAGAACGGGGAAGGGCUUUAACUCACUUCCAACCUUUUUCUGUUUGAUUAAUCCAAAUUUUAUUAUUUUCAAGUCUCCCCCAACCCCUGUCCCAACUUCCAAAAAAUGUGUUAAUCUGAGUUAAAACUAAACACAGGUGUGCUUGUAAAAUGCCUUCACAAACGAAAAACAACUGUGAAUUAUUUGGAUUUGCCGAAUCAAACAGCCCAUCCACAAUGUGUCCUGCACAUCCCCCCUCCCACUCUUAUUUCUAUACACCCUCUCAAAAAACAUAGGAUGUGAAAGCCAUGUCUGCCUGUUCAAAUUGCUUUAUACAUACAUAUAUAUCUCUAUAUAAAUGUAUACAAAUGUAUAUAUGUCAUUGCAUACUAAAAUACAGAAAGAUCAAAAUUAGAUACUUUUACAGGGUGCUGGAGAAGAAAUAUAUUUUUGGCAAUUUUAGCUUUUUAUACUUGCAGUUACAAAAAUAUGAAACUAAUAAAAAAAAUAAAAAAUGUUUGUAGAAUAGUACAGCGAAAGGUGGUAAAGAAAUGUUGCGUGAUUUUUGGAUACUAUUGGCCAGGGGGGUGGGGAGCAGACCAAACUAGUCAAACCUUGGAAUGUCAGAGGAAUUGCAUGAUGUUAAAGGAGAAGAGAACAGUUAGAGAGAGUUAAGUGCCUUAUACCAGCGGUCGUUUUUUUUUUUUUUUUCCGAGUGUUACAUUCUGUUCAAUAAUAUCCAGUACCAACUAGCGUAGAGUUGAGGGAGGGUUUGUGAAGAGGAAGCACCCCAAGAGUUAAACCACGAGGCUGUUGCAGUGUUGUGCCACUGAAUCUAUUCUAUGCAAAGGAAUAGCAGUCAUUUGACCAGCUAACUAUGUGCCAUGAUUCGUCUUCCCGACAUUAAUUUGAAGUCUCGUUGUUUGAUGUUUUUCCUUUAAUCCCCAUUUGAACAAAUAGUUUAUUUGUUCUUUUUUAUUAUUGCAUUAUUAUUCUUAUAUUAUGAGGACAAAAUCAGCAAUGCUGUCUAUGUAUUUGGUUACUGUGAUUUCUGUCAAGAGCAACUGCCAAUCAUGAUGAUGUGGAAGUCUGCCAGGCGUUUUAGAAUAGAGAGAUUUCUCAAUUAAUUGGACUUUACCUGAAACCUCCUCUUGUUUCAAGACUUACAGGCUGGAAACAUUCAGUCAUUGCCUGAGUUUUUUUUUUUUUUUUUUUUUUUUUUUUUUUUUGCCAAAAUAUACUUAGUUUUAUGCCAAGGAAGUUUAUUUGUGCUUUUUGUUUUGUUUUUUGAGAAAGAGAAAUGCAUAAUUGUUUAGCUCACUUUGGGUGUUUCACAAAUGCAAGAUGUAGCUCUGCAGUGCACUCAACUGUGAAGAACAAAUAAUGCAGAGAGAGAGAGAGAAUCUAGCAUUUAUUAAAAGUAUUACUGAGAAAGAAGGGCAUGUGGAUAUUUGUCUGCUGCCACAUCAGUGCCAAACCUGAGAUCACAGAGGAGCCGCAGUAUCAAAUAACACACACUUUUUCAGUCAUUGAAACAACUGGAGGUGUUCAUCACAUUCAAUAAGGUUACACUCAAUUUUGUGUCCUGUAACCCUGGCAGCCUUCGGUGUAGUCUUGUUCUCUUCAAUUUUGUUACUCAAGAAGGUCAAUGUCUUUUUUUUUUCCUCUUCAGUGUUAGAUACAUGUUUUUAAGCAUAUUGAAAUAAUGAAAUGCAAUAUUAGAGAGGAGCAGAGAUGCCGGAAUGAAAACAGAGAAGCAAACAGUAUUAAACGAAUGCCCUCUGCCAUGUUACUACGUGCUGUUAUUGUUUUGGAGUUGGGUUUUAGUCUAUCAGGUGUACGGAGAAAUCUCUUGUUCUCUUCCGCCUGCCGACUACAUGUGUAAUAAUGUAAAUUACAGCCAUUGUUACAGGUUUCUAAUGUAUUUUUCUAACUUCAUUUUCUAUGUACAAUUCAUUUUUUUCUGAUCUCUUUUGUGAUGAAACCCACUACACUUUUAUUUUGGUUUUCCAUGUCCUCUCUUUUCCUCUGCCCUCCCUCUCGGCCCACUCUUUACUCAGAUCUGUCUCUCUUAUUGGGAGCGUUGCCUUUUCCUCCAGUUAUUUUUGUUUUUCUUGCUGAUUCUUUAGCUUGUUUAACUCAUUAGCAACUUAUUAGUUCCUCUUGUCAUAGGUAUUUUUACAUGCUUGCAUUUAGUUUUUAUGGUGUAUGCUGUUAUUUUUUCUUAUUAACCUCCUUGGCAUUUAUUUUAAUAAAACAUUCUUAGUAAGAAUUUUA